CACCUCGACGAUGCAUGUUUCGAUGAAGUAUCCGUUUAUUUUUUAUCUAUCAUCUUUUGUCGAGGGGGAAAAGCUGAUCUUGUUCUUGACGUAAUAUUGAUAACAUAGAUGUACGCGAUCAGUCAUACAGCUGUCUCACGGUCACAUGUUCGUCGCGUUUACCUUCCGCAGAGAUUGAGCAAUAUAGGAGGCACGGGGGAUUGGAAAACCCGUGGUGUGAAACGAAGAUCAAAGAUCGAACAUUAUCAAGGCAUCCUAAGUCCCCUAAACGGGGGUACUGGCUCCGAUACAAAAUCAGUCGUUCGACGACCACCACUGUGUACGUCACAUUGUGAUUGGUUGUCCCUCGUGUUCUUUCCUCUUCCCUCCGUUCUUCCAUGAACAUAACACGGCACAUUAGAGGCAUCGGUAUAAGUACCCCACACAUUUCAUCGUUCUUGAUUCUUGGAUAGUGAUAAUUUCCUCUCACGAUCGCGGUAGGAAUACGGAACUGUCGGUCGACCGGAAUCGACGAAUUGGUUUGAAGGAAGACCGGGAAAAGGCCAGGAUACACGGUGGCAUUAGAAACAUAUAGAAGUGUCAUUAAUUCGCAUCGAAACAACUCCUCUUACAGUACCGGAAGUGCGUAUCUCUUGGAACUAAGAGGCAACAGGAAUUUGCCACCAUGAUCGUGGAGGAUAAACACGUGCGAGAGUAACCAACGAAACAGGGAAAUGGAAGGCUUCUGGAUUAUCGGAGCGAUCAACGCGAUCAAGGCGCUUUCGUACGUGUACGACCUGCUGACGUUCCCCGUUUACCUCAUUCUCCAACGACCUUGGGAGAAACGGAAGGCGUCGAGGCGAGUCAAGGCGCGGGUGGUCGCCAAGGAUGAGCACAGCGUCAUCUACAGGAGCGUUGACUCCCCGGGGCCCAUGCACGUUGCCCUCAAGCGUGAAAAGAUCGACACGCUCGUGAAAAUGUUGUCCUGGGUCUCGAAACUCCACGGGGAUAAAAGGUGCCUCGGUACCAGGCAGAUCCUCGCCGACGAAGACGAGCUUCAGCCCAAUGGUAGAAUAUUUAAAAAGUACAGAAUGGGAGAGUACAAAUGGAAAUCUUAUGUAGAUGUGGACAGGCUCACAGUCUCCUUCAGUCGUGGUUUGAGGGAAUUGGGGCUUACGGUACGCAAGAAUAUUGUGAUUUUCGCUGAGACCAGGGCGGAGUGGAUGAUAGCAGCCUAUGGAUGCUUCAGACAGAAUUUAACUGUAGUCACGAUUUAUGCUACUUUGGGCGACGAUGCUAUCGCUCAUGGUAUCAAUGAAACGGAAGUAGACACUGUCAUCACCAGCCAUGAUUUAUUGCCGAAGUUCAAACGGCUCCUGGAAAAGGUGCCCAUCGUUAAAACGGUGAUUUAUAUGGAGGAUCAGCUGAAACCUACGGACACAACUGGUUACAAGGAUGGCGUGAGACUUAUACCAUACUCUGACGUAAUUAAAAAAGGCAAUACAUCAACAGCAUCCAUGGAAUUACCACAAACAGAAGACACAGCGAUUAUAAUGUACACGUCUGGUUCCACUGGAGUGCCGAAAGGUGUUCUCCUGUCUCACUCGAAUAUAAUUUACACACUUCAGGCUUUCUGCGAUGCCGUGGAAAUAAGACCAGAUGACGUCUUUCUUGGAUUUUUACCUUUAGCCCACGUUUUCGAACUUCUCGCUGAAAGCGUAUGUCUUCUAACUGGUGUGCCUAUUGGAUACAGUUCGCCCCUUACUAUGAUCGAUUCCAGUAGCAAAAUUCAAAGGGGAUCCAAGGGCGACGCGUCUGUUUUACACCCCACCUGUUUAACUUCCGUUCCACUUAUCCUCGACCGUAUCUCGAAAGGAAUAAACGAGAAGGUAAAGAAAUCGGGUCUGUUUAGACAAGCGAUCUUCAACUUUGCCUACGAGUACAAAUUGAAAUGGACAAAACGUGGUUACGAAACGCCACUUUUUGACAAAUUUAUCUUUGGAGCUGCGAGGCAAGUUCUCGGUGGACGAGUCAGACUUAUACUCUGCGGUGGUGCACCUUUGUCCCCGGACACCCAUACCCAAGUCAAAAUUUGUCUUUGCGUUACCGUCACGCAGGGAUACGGUCUCACGGAAACAACCUCGUGUGCUACUGUUAUGGAUGCACACGACAGAAGUACGGGAAGGGUAGGAGCCCCAACGACAGUUUGCGACAUUCGUCUGGAAAAUUGGGAAGAGGCGGGUUACAGGGUGACGGAUAAACCUUAUCCUAGAGGUGAGAUCCUUAUUGGAGGGAAAAAUGUUUCCGCUGGUUAUUACAAAUUACCAGAGAAGACGAAGGAAGACUUCUUCGAGGAAGACGGAAGGCAAUGGUUCAGAACGGGUGACAUUGGAGAAUGCCACGAAGACGGGUGCAUAAAGAUUAUCGACCGAAAGAAGGAUCUAGUGAAGCUGCAACUUGGCGAGUACGUGUCCCUGGGGAAAGUGGAGGCGGAAUUGAAGACGUCUCCGGUUGUGGAGAAUAUUUGUGUCUACGGAGAUGCGCAUAAGACCCACACGGUAGCAUUAGUGGUACCUAAUCAUUAUUACCUUGAAGAGAUUGCCAAGAACCUCGGUAUUACUAACAAAACUUUCGAGGAAUUGUGCGAAGACCCACAAGUAGAGAAAGCUGUAUUGCAAGAGCUGAUCGAACAAGCCAAAAAAUGCAAACUCCAGAGAUUCGAGAUUCCUGGCGCUGUGAAGCUGUGCUCGGAACAAUGGGCGCCGGAUACGGGACUAGUGACAGCCGCGUUCAAGCUUAAGAGGAAAGCGGUGCAAGAACGAUAUCAACACGAAAUUAACAGAAUGUACGCUUCGUGAUGUCGCGCGAAGUCUUGUAAGAAGUGUAACGGAUGAAGUGACUCGAAAUUUAAACUUCCACGUCCGACACAAUGGUACCUUUACGUGUGAGUUGUGGGCCGAGGUCGUAACGCCGUCUAUGGAACGCUCCUCAAACUUUGGAACAUCGUGCAUUUGAUCAGUUUUCCUUUUGUGAUCUGCGGAGAAGGCGUCGACCUCCAAUAGCAGGUCUGCUCGAAUGCGCGAAACGCAAUAUAAAUGCAACAUAUAUUAAAAAUUAAAAAUGACUGUCCGAGGGUGUCUUAUUAUUUAAAUUCGUUUUCCAUUUCGGACGGAAGGAUUUUGGUCGUUUGUUAUGAAAUACGACGAUGAGAAUGAUGUGCCCGUACAAAGAGCAUCUUAUAACAUAAUUAUCGUGAUACGUGAUGCGAGAUGUGAGCGAAAAAAAAACGAACAAAAGGUGCAAGACUUGUUCCUGAUUGGGAAAGUUGUUAUUUUUCUUCCUUCGAAAUUUAUACGUCGAUUUUAAUAAUAUAUUCAUUCCUUGCAGUAAUUCCUCCUGAUGCGAACAAUUAACUUUACGAAGAAUCGAUUGUCAGUUGGUUUGCAAUCGCACUAAUUUCAUAAGUUCACAACUCGUCCAGUGUACUUAUUUUAAGUAUUAUUCGAAAUCGUCGACUCCCAUUUUUGCAAUGAAACGAAUACAGAUAUGGCUCUUCGAAGAAUGAGGAAGUCGCUCUAUUCUAUAUUAAGCUAUUACGUGUAUAUACGGAAAAUUGAACGACGAGUCAGCUUCUACUUAUCAUUAACAUAAAAGUGCAUCGCGUUAGUUUUAUUCGAAUACGUUCGAUUACGCUUGAGUGUAAAUUGAAUUUCUUUCAGAACUCUGAAUAGUGAUCAAUUCGUUUCGUCCACGUCUGUACAAUACUUGUCAAUAUGUUCUUGCCUACCUUUAAACUGUUAUCUUAUCGAUACAUCACAGACAUCACUUUUUUUUUUCUUUUCCCCUUGCAGGUGAACGGUAUUUUGACGUGUGUGCGUGAGUCCGUGCGCGUAUGCGUGUUUGUUUUAUUGUUGCGGUGCUUGCAUGCGUAUAUAUCCAUAACGAGGAUGCUAGGAGGUUAACGUGUGCGAGCUUACAAAAGAAAAGAUAUCUACAAAAUAAGAAAAUCGUCCUAAUAAUUUUUAGUCUUCCCAUUCGCUAUAUUCACCAAUUAUCCGACCUACUUCGCUAAGAAUUACUUUGGUGUGUCAACUUCUUAGGCAGCAUAGCGGAUCCGAUGUUCGAUCCUCUUAGAAUUAAGGUUCGCUUAACGAAUUUCUUCACCGAUUUACGUUCACUCUGAAUCACAUUGUUUCGCACGAAUUCUAUUUGUAAUUAAUAUAGUCUUCCUAACCUUAUACGAAAAACUUGUGUUCUAUUAUAGUAUUGUUUCAUAGAGCAGUCAUUCGCAAUAGUAUCAAUGAUAUAUUUCCUGGAAAUGCUUUUGGUCGGACAAUUUUACUUGGGCAAACGGAUCAGAUUCACGUUCGAUAGAAUUUAGGGCGCGUUGAAUAACGAAUAUUGUUGAUCGCACAUUUCAACAGGAAGUUUGUUAAAUGUGAAGUGUAAUUUCGUGUCAUACGUAAUUAUAAUUUAGAUAAAAAUUACACCCAUUGCUGCAUUUCUUGAUGCUUAGUAUCUAAGUAUUGAUGUCAGCAAUGCGUUUGUAAACGAAAGAAUUGUUUAAUAGUUUCCCUUUGAUUUUGAGGCUUUUUGAAUUGCGAGUGUACAAGGAGAGAGACUGAUGCGAGGAGUGAGUUGAUAUCGAUCGGCAGCUUGUUCUCCUUUUCCAAUCGCGUUGAGAGUUCCUGCGCUAGCUGAACAUGCGUUACGAGUUAUUAUGGAUCCCGUUAAUGAUUUCGUAUAAAUUAUUGAAAUGCUGUAUGAUAUUAGAUAGGAAAUUGCCAAUUAUCAUUUGGAUGUAAUCAUAUCGUCGAUACCUAUUGUUGUUAUUAUUAUUCUUAUUAUAAUUACUAUUAUUAUUACUAUUACUAUUAUUAUUAUUGCAACUAUAAUUCUGAAAUAAUGACAUACGAACAAAAUAAAUGUACAGAUUUAUAGUAUACGCAAUUAGUCAUUAUAAUUAAUUUGUGAUCAACGAUUUGAAAACUUAACAACAUUAUUUUGUAAAUGGUGUAUGUUAAUUUCGCAGUCUCGACAAUAAUAUAGCUUUCACGGAAAUGGAUACCUUCGGCGAAUAAAAGUAUGACAACUCUCA